GUAUUUAGGCCGUUUUGAUACGGUGAGUCAAGCCUGCCCGGAAAUUCAAGAAGAACACACGGACAUGGUCUAGAUAAACGUCUGCCUUUUUCAACAAGCUUCGAUCUACAAUGGACGAUCGUGUGUUAGACUUGACAGAGGCACAGGAAGCUGUCAAAUCCAAAUACCCGCCGAUCAACAAGAAAUAUGAAUACCUGGAUCACACAGCAGAUGUACAAAUUCACUCUUGGGGAGACUCUUUGGAGGAAGCCUUUGAGCAGUGUGCCAUGGGCAUGUUCGGCUACAUGACGGACACAGAGACGGUGGAACCGAUAGAUACAGUUGAAGUGGAGUCGGAGGGUGAAGACAUGGAGUCGCUUCUCUUCCACUUCCUAGAUGAUUGGUUAUACAAGUUUAGUGCAGAUCUUUUCUUUAUUCCCAGGGAGGUCAAAGUUUUACAUAUUGACAGAAUGCGUUUCAAGAUUCGCUCCAUUGGGUGGGGCGAAGAAUUUUCUCUGGAAAAGCACCCACAGGGAACUGAGGUGAAAGCCAUCACAUAUUCAGCAAUGCAAAUCCACGAUAAAGAAAAACCAGAAAUAUUUGCCAUCAUUGAUAUCUGAUACAACUGCGAGAAGAAGCUCACACUCAAUGGUUCAGUAAAAGUGGGAAGUCUACAUGACCAGUUUAAGUGGCCUUUUAAUUCAGCGCACUGAUUUUUGAUUAGUACUGUCUUUUUUGGGGCAUGUAAGCUCAACUCUUUAUUUAAAUUUAAAAAAGAAUUGUAAAAUUAGCCUUACAUUUAAAUGAGACUUGUGAGGGAUAUCAAUUAUUUGGAGGGAAUACACUGAAUUUGAACUGUGCACCUGAAGUCACAAUUACCAAAUUUAAGCUCAAAUUUUCAUUUUAGGAGAUUAUUACUCUUAUGUGUGAUGGUUUUGAAGGUGUGUUGAUGCAUUAUAUCUCAUUGUAAAUAAAUAAAUAAGCAAAUGUUUACCUUUGACA